CGCUGAGUUAGUUAUAACAGGAGAGGCGGAUGAUGACAUCUUCACACACGAGCUCCGGUGGCAAAAAACUCACGUCUUGCUGAACAACGGUUAAAGACAAGAGAGCGAUUGAUGAGGAACAUUUCUAUGGCGGCACCUGAAAUCUGACAUUACCAGACCCUCAGAGUGACAUUACACAUUUCACAAGAAACCAUGGGCUGUAACUGCAGUUCGGACUAUUCGGACAGCGACUGGAUCGAGAACUUGGAUGAAAUCUGUGAACACUGCAACUGUCCCAUACCUCCGCAGUCAUGCAAUCCGUACACAGAUCAGCUGAUUCCAUAUCCAUCACAGCAUUCACCUCCUAUGUCGCCUUUACCAGAAAACCUCGUGGUGGCCAUAUACAGCUACUCGCCCGACCAUGACGGUGACCUGGGCUUUGAGAAGGGGGAGAAGCUCAAGAUCAUCAACAAGGAUGAUCCAGAGUGGUAUAUGGCAGAGUCUCUGACAACAGGCCAGCGUGGCUACAUCCCGCACAACUUUGUUGCAAUGACCACAGUGGAGACUGAGCCGUGGUUCUUUUCGAACAUUUCUAGAAACGAUGCCAUGAGGCUCCUCCUCGCUCCCGGGAAUACGCAGGGCUCCUUCCUGAUUCGAGAGAGCGAGACAACUAAAGGGUCAUACUCCUUAUCAGUCAGGGACUUGGACCACCAGACAGGCGAAGGAGUGAAGCACUACAGGAUCCGCAACAUGGACAACGGUGGCUUCUACAUCACGGCCAAGAUAACGUUCAACUCGCUGAAGGAGCUGGUCCACCAUCACUCACGCGAGGCAGAUGGGCUGUGCACAAAGCUGGUGAAGCCGUGUCAGUCACGGGUACCGCAGAAGCCCUGGUGGCAGGACGAGUGGGAGAUUCCUCGCGAGUCCUUGAAUCUGCAGCGCAGACUUGGAGCUGGACAGUUCGGAGAAGUCUGGAUGGGUGUCUACAAUAAUGACAGGAAAGUAGCAAUUAAGAAUCUGAAGAUGGGCACAAUGUCAGUGGAAGCCUUCUUGGCCGAGGCCAACAUGAUGAAGAACCUGCAGCAUCCCCGCCUCGUCCGCCUCUUUGCUGUGGUUACCCAGGAGCCGAUCUUUAUUGUCACAGAGUACAUGGAAAAUGGUAGCCUUGUGGAUUACCUAAAAACGCCAGAGGGAGGCAGUUUGCCCAUACACACGCUGAUAGACAUGGCCUCUCAGGUGGCUGACGGCAUGGCCUUUAUUGAGCAGAAAAAUUACAUUCAUCGAGAUCUGCGAGCUGCGAAUAUUCUGGUUUCUCAUGAGCUCAUCUGUAAGGUGGCCGACUUUGGGCUUGCAAGACUGAUCGAGAACAACGAAUACACGGCCAAAGAAGGUGCAAAGUUCCCUAUUAAGUGGACUGCCCCAGAGGCUAUCAACUAUGGCACGUUCUCCAUAAAAUCCGACGUGUGGUCAUUUGGGAUCCUCCUCACAGAAAUAGUGACAUACGGACGCAUUCCUUACCCUGGCAUGUCCAACCCGGAGGUCAUUCAGAACCUGGAGCGGGGCUACAGAAUGCCGAAGCCAGAAAACUGCCCCGAUGGGCUUUAUGACAUCAUGUGUAAGUGCUGGAAGGAGAACCCGGAGGAGAGACCCACGUUCGAGUACCUGAGGAGCGUUCUGGAGGAUUACUUGACUGCCACAGAGAGGCAGUACCAGGAAUAGCUGCAGUGGAGCAGAGAGACAUACGAUAAAUAUACUCAAACUAAAUGCACGACCUGUGAAAGUUGAUGCUGGAUUUUGAUUUGUUCAUUGCAGAAUGCAUGCAUUUCUACUGAUAGGGUACAAACAGGUAAUUUCCAAAUGAGAGUGAUUUGUUUCUGAAUCAAACUAAUACUGAAGUGACCGCUUAAAUGUGUAUGGAAGAGUGGAACCUGAACCACUGAACCAGAAACUUCUGGACCACGGCCAACAGCAGAGAGGAGAGUGAUCACCGUCGCUGCCUAAGUAAACUGCAGACUGUCUGACGUUGCUGAAUAAUCAUUUGCUCUUCCGGUGCUCGUUAUUAACAUGUAAAUACUGUCAACUGCUUCAGCUAUUUCAUCUAUGUUUAAUAAAUGUGUGUUACUUGUUUUACUUACA